GGUCACUUGUCUUUGGAGACCAUUUUAGUUUUCCUGUGAAGAACGUUAGUAGGUUCCCUUUUCUUCAGUCGUUGCCUUCUUAGACGGAUUGUUUAAUAGUCUUGAACGCAUUUCGCUGAAGUAUCAUUCUAGGAGUAUAGUCUGUUGGUCACUAUAGUCUUUGGAGAUUAUUUUAGGUUCUCUCUUCUCCUGUCGUUGCCUUCUUCGAAGGAUUGUUUGAGUGAAAUGGUCAGAAGUGCAGGAGGUAGGAAUUCAAAGGGAAGUCUUGGCCCAAAUCCGACUGAUCAAGAACAACAACAACGAGAACAACAACAACGAGAACAACAACAGCGAGAACAACUACAACAACAACAACUACAAAAUGCGCAGCAUCAAUUUCCGCCACAAUUGCCGCAGUGGCAGCCACAAUUGCAGCAGAUGCAGCAACAAAUACUGCAGCAGAGGCAGCAAAUUGAGCAGCAACAAUACAUGCAAAAUCAGCAGUUGCAGGAACAACUGAAACUGCUGAGGCAGCAAACUGAGCAACAGCAACUGCAGAUUGAGGAGCAGAGGAAACGGCUGCAGAAGGAAAAUGUGCCGCAGGAUACGCUGUCACCGCCAAUUAAUGAGGAGGAGGAGGAGGUAAAAGAGGAAAAACCGAGGCCGCCAUUGACCAUCAAUCGGCAAUCAUAUAAUAAAAAUGAGAACAACAAUUUGAAUUGA